GAGGGGGCGGCCGGCCCGUCGCCCCCUUCCCGCGGGGUCUCCGGCGGGAGCGAGCCGUACCCGGCUGGCGGGGGCGGGUGGACAUGGCUGACCGGAGCGCGCCGAGCUGCCACCUGCGGCUGGAGUGGGUCUACGGCUACCGGGGUCAUCAGUGCCGCAACAACCUCUACUACACGGCCGCCAAAGAGAUCGUCUACUUCGUGGCGGGGGUCGGCGUGGUCUACAGCCCCCGGGAGCACCGGCAGAAAUUCUACCUGGGGCACCAGGACGACAUCAUCAGCCUUGCUUUGCACCCUGAACGUGUGUUGGUGGCAACAGGUCAAGUUGGGAAGGAACCAUACAUCUGUGUGUGGGAUUCAUACACUGUGCAGACUGUAUCUGUCCUGAAAGACGUUCACACACAUGGCAUAGCUUGCUUGGCCUUUGAUUUAGAUGGUCAGCGUCUGGUCUCGGUUGGUUUGGAUUCGAAAAACACAGUUUGUGUAUGGGACUGGAGAAAAGGAAAAUUGUUAUCAAUGGCUCCUGGUCAUACAGACAGAAUAUUUGAUAUUUCUUGGGAUUUAUACCAGCCAAACAAGCUUGUCAGCUGUGGUGUAAAACACAUCAAGUUCUGGAGCUUGUGUGGCAAUUCCUUGACACCAAAACGUGGUGUCUUUGGCAAGACCGGUGAUCUCCAGACCAUCCUGUGCCUGGCCUGUGCAAGGGACGAGGUGACGUAUUCGGGUGCCCUGAACGGAGAUAUUUAUGUGUGGAAGGGAAUCAACCUCGUCAGGACAAUACAGGGAGCCCAUGCUGCAGGAAUUUUCAGCAUGAAUGCAUGUGAAGAGGGGUUUGCCACUGGUGGCAGGGAUGGCUGCGUCCGCUUGUGGGACUUAAAUUUUAAACCAAUUACUGUGAUUGAUCUCAGGGAAACAGACCAGGGGUAUAAAGGUCUCUCUGUAAGAAGUGUUUGCUGGAGAGGAGACCAUAUACUCGUUGGGACACAAGAUAGUGAAAUUUUUGAAAUAGUGGUGCAUGAGCGUAACAAGCCUUUCCUGCUAAUGCAGGGGCACUGUGAAGGAGAGCUCUGGGCUUUGGCUGUCCACCCUACAAAACCCCUGGCCAUGACUGGAAGCGAUGAUCGAUCAGUCAGAAUCUGGAGUUUAAUAGACCACGCUCUGAUUGCCCGGUGCAACAUGGAGGAGCCCAUUCGCUGUGCCGCCGUCAGCACCGAUGGAAUCCAUCUUGCCCUUGGCAUGAAGGAUGGCUCUUUCACUGUGCUCAGAGUCAGAGAUAUGACUGAGGUUGUUCAUAUCAAAGACAGGAAAGAAGCUAUUCAUGAACUCAAAUAUUCUCCAGAUGGGAAUUUCCUAGCUGUUGGCUCCAAUGACAGCUCUGUGGAUAUAUAUGGUGUUGUUCAGCGAUAUAAGAAAGUUGGGGAAUGUGUUGGAUCCUUAAGCUUCAUCACACAUAUGGAUUGGUCUUCAGACAGUAAAUACUUACAGACCAAUGAUGGCAAUGGAAGGAGACUUUUUUACAGAAUGCCGGGUGGAAAAGAAGUAACAAACAAGGAGGAAUUGAAAGGCAUUCAGUGGGCAUCAUGGACCUGUGUUUCUGGCCUUGAAGUUAAUGGAAUCUGGCCCAAAUAUUCAGAUAUAAAUGAUAUAAAUUCUGUGGAUGCGAAUUUUAUUGGUCAAGUUAUGGUUACGGCUGAUGAUUAUGGAAUAGUAAAGCUCUUUCGGUACCCAUGUCUAAGAAAAGGAGCAAAGUUUAAAAAAUAUCUUGGUCAUUCUGCUCACGUGACGAACGUCAGAUGGUCGCACGAUCACCAGUGGGUUGUCUCCAUUGGGGGAGCUGAUCACUCUGUCUUUCAGUGGAAGUUUGUCCCCGACCGCAAGCUGAAGGACAAUCUUCAUAUAGCACCCCAAGAGAGUCUGGUUGAUUCUAAUAGUGAUGAAUCAGAUUCAGAUCAGUCUGAUGUUCCAGAGCUGGACUCUGAAAUUGAACAAGAGACGCAGAUCACCUAUCGUCGACAGGUUUACAAAGAAGAUCUACCUCAACUUAAAGAGCAAUGCAAAGAAAAAAGAAAAAGUGCAGCUUCUAAGAGACGUGAGCGAGCCCCAGGGAACAGUAUAAGACUGCAUUUUGUUCAUGGUUACAGGGGUUACGACUGCCGGAGCAACCUGUUCUACACGCAGACGGGCGAGAUCGUGUACCACGUGGCAGCCGUGGGGGUGGUGUACAACCGGCAGCAGAACACGCAGCGCUUCUACCUGGGCCAUGACGACGACAUCCUCUGCCUUGCCAUCCAUCCCCUGAAGGACUACGUGGCAACAGGCCAGGUUGGUCGAGAUUCCUCGAUACACAUUUGGGAUACAGAAACAAUAAAGCCACUCUCAGUAUUAAAGGGCUAUCACCAGUAUGGUGUUUGUGCUGUUGAUUUUUCAGCGGAUGGGAAACGGUUGGCUUCUGUUGGCAUAGAUGAUAAUCACACUAUUGUACUCUGGGAUUGGAAGAAAGGAGAAAAACUUUCAGCAGUAAGGGGAAGCAAAGAUAAGAUUUUUGUUGUUAAGAUUAAUCCUUACAUGCCUGAUAAAUUGAUUACAGUUGGAAUUAAACACAUGAAAUUCUGGCGGAGAGCAGGAGGAGGACUAAUUGGGAGAAAGGGCUGCAUAGGUGCAUUGGGAAGAACUGACACAAUGAUGUGUGCAGUGUAUGGCUGGACAGAAGAGAUGGCAUUCUCUGGAACCUCCACGGGGGAUGUGUGUAUUUGGAGAGAUGUGUUUCUCAUAAAAACUGUCAAAGCACAUGAUGGUCCUGUGUUCAGCAUGCACGCAUUGGAAAAAGGAUUUGUCACUGGAGGAAAGGAUGGGGUGGUGGCUCUCUGGGAUGAUACCUUUGAACGCUGUCUCAAAACCUAUGCCAUCAAAAGGGCUGCUCUGGCUCCUGGAUCCAAAGGUCUCCUCUUAGAAGAUAAUCCUUCUAUACGUGCCAUAUCGUUAGGACACGGUCAUAUUCUAGUGGGCACAAAGAAUGGUGAAAUAUUGGAGGUAGAUAAGAGUGGACCAAUAACUCUGCUGGUUCAGGGUCACAUGGAGGGGGAAGUUUGGGGUCUAGCUACUCAUCCUCAUUUACCCAUUUGUGCCACUGUAAGUGAUGACAAAACCUUAAGAAUAUGGGAUUUAUCUCCUAGCCAUUGUAUGUUAGCUGUUCGCAAAUUGAAAAAGGGAGGCAGAUGUUGCUGCUUUUCUCCUGAUGGAAAAGCAUUAGCUGUUGGUCUCAAUGAUGGAAGUUUUUUGAUAGUUAAUGCAGAUACCCUGGAGGAUUUGGUCUCUUUCCAGCAUAGGAAAGAUGUUAUUUCAGAAAUCAGAUUUUCUCCUGGGGCUGGAAAGUACUUAGCUGUGGCAUCCUGUGACAACUUUGUAGAUAUUUACAAUGUAAUGAGCAGUAAAAGAGUAGGAAUCUGCAAGGGAGCUUCCAGCUAUAUCACACACAUGGACUGGGACAUAAGAGGGAAACUUUUGCAAGUCAACACUGGUGCUAAAGAGCAGCUGUUUUUUGAAGCCCCUCGGGGGAAAAAGCAGACUAUCCCAAGUUUGGAGGUAGAAAAGAUUGGCUGGGCAUCAUGGACAAGUGUUUUGGGCUCUUGCUGUGAAGGGAUCUGGCCAAUAAUUGGUGAAGUCACAGAUGUAACUGCUUCAUGCCUCACUAGUGACAGUAAAGUAUUAGCCACAGGAGAUGAUUUUGGAUUUGUGAAACUGUUUCGAUACCCUGCUAAAGGGAAGUUUGGGAAAUUUAAGCGGUAUGUUGCUCACAGCACCCAUGUGACAAACGUGCGCUGGACCUACGACGACAGUUUGUUGGUCACUGUGGGGGGAGCUGACACCUCCCUGAUGCUGUGGACUUAUGAGAUGGAAGGACAUCGGGACAGCAGGCAGUGUGACAGUGAGGAGUCUGAUCUGGAUUCUGAAGAAGAUGGAGGUUAUGACAGUGAUGUGACAAGGGAAAAUGAAAUUAAUUACACCAUCAAAGCCUUAUCAACAAACAUUAGACCAAUGUUUGGAAUUAAGCCUCAUCUGCAGCAAAAGGAGCCAACGUUAGAUGAAAGACCUCCAGUUAGUAGGGCAUUGCCUCAGCCGGAGAAACUGCAGACAAACAAUGUGGGGAAAAAAAAGAGACCCAUAGAGGACCUAAUUUUGGAGCUGGUAUUUGGGUACCGAGGCAAGGACUGCAGAAACAACGUGCACUAUUUGAAUGAUGGUGCUGAUGUAAUUUAUCACACUGCAUCUGUUGGCAUCUUGUAUAAUGUGGCAACAGGCUCUCAGUCAUUUUACCAGGAACACAAUGAUGAUAUUUUGUGCCUCACUGUGAAUCAGCACCCCAAGUUUACCAACAUAGUGGCAACUGGCCAAGUAGGAGACUCAGCAGAUAUGUCAGCUACAGCUCCUUCUAUUCACGUGUGGGAUGCAAUGAACAAGCAGACGCUGUCGGUGCUGCGGUGCUACCAUUCCAAGGGCGUUUGCUCCGUCAGCUUCAGUGCCACUGGCAAACUGCUGCUGUCCGUAGGGCUGGAUCCUGAACACACCAUUACCAUUUGGAAGUGGCAGGAAGGUGCCAAAAUUGCCAGCCGAGCUGGUCAUAACCAGCGUAUAUUUGUAGCAGAAUUCAGGCCAGAUUCAGAUACACAGUUUGUUUCUGUGGGAGUAAAACAUGUAAGGUUCUGGACACUGGCUGGAAGAGCUCUCCUCAGUAAAAAAGGGCUGCUGAGCUCCAUAGAAGAUGCCCGCAUGCAGACCAUGCUGUCUGUAGCUUUUGGAGCGAAUAACUUGACAUUUACAGGUACUAUCAGUGGAGAUGUUUGUGUUUGGAAGGAUCAUGUGUUGAUACGAAUUGUGGCCAAGGCUCACAAUGGACCUGUGUUCACCAUGUACACCACCCUGAGGGAUGGCUUGAUUGUUACAGGAGGCAAGGAAAGGCCUUCAAAGGAAGGAGGAGCAGUCAAGCUGUGGGACCAGGAGCUGAAACGAUGUCGUGCCUUCAGACUAGAGACAGGACAAUUGACAGACUGCGUUCGCUCUGUUUGCAGGGGCAAGGGCAAAAUUCUUGUUGGGACAAGAAAUGCUGAAAUAAUUGAAGUUGGAGAGAAAAAUGCUGCAUGUAACAUUCUAAUUAAUGGUCAUAUGGAUGGACCCAUCUGGGGCCUAGCAACACAUCCAUCCAGAGACUUUUUCCUUUCUGCUGCAGAAGAUGGCACUGUAAGACUCUGGGAUAUUGCUGAAAAGAAGAUGCUGAACAAAGUCAGCUUAGGACAUGCAGCUCGUACUGUUUGUUACAGCCCAGAAGGUGAUAUGGUAGCUAUUGGCAUGAAAAAUGGAGAAUUUAUUAUCCUGCUUGUCACCUCUCUAAAAAUUUGGGGGAAGAAAAGGGACAGAAGAUCAGCAAUUCAAGAUAUCAGGUUUAGCCCAGAUUCCCAUUACCUGGCAGUUGGUUCCAGUGAGAAUGCAGUGGAUUUUUAUGAUCUGACUUUGGGUCCCACGCUAAAUCGGAUCAGCUAUUGCAAGGAUAUCCCAAGUUUUGUGAUCCAGAUGGACUUCUCUGCUGAUAGCUCUUAUCUCCAGGUCUCUACGGGGUCUUACAAAAGGCAAGUGUAUGAAGUGCCUUCAGGAAAGCAGCUUGUGGACCAGGCUGUGAUUGACAGAAUAACUUGGGCUACUUGGACAAGUGUUCUUGGGGAUGAAGUAAUUGGAAUCUGGUCCAGGCAUGCUGAAAAAGCUGAUGUGAACUGUGCUUGUGUCUCUCACUCGGGAAUCAAUCUCGUAACAGGCGAUGAUUUUGGCAUGGUCAAACUGUUUGACUUUCCAUGUCCUGAAAAAUUUGCAAAACACAAACGAUUUUUAGGUCACUCUGCCCACUUAACGAAUAUUCGAUUCACAAGUGGAGACAGAUACGUGGUCAGUGCUGGAGGGGACGACUGCAGCUUAUUUGUUUGGAAGUGUGUGCAUAUGCCUCAUUGACAGAGACAUGGAGACUUGCAAAGAGGAAACUGCAUGAAGUACCAGGCAUGAAACACCCAGGAUUGCAAUGUGACAUUCUGCUGUGCCCUGCAUGUGUAAGAAAUGACCCGAGACACAGAGCAGUCUGUCUCUGACAGACGGGACCUGGAGUCUGCCAGAAGGAUGGACACACUGAGGCUGCUAGUUUUGCUUCAGUGUCAGAUAAUCUGGGUUUGUAUUCCACUCACUGCCAGAUGUUGAAAACAAAAUAUGUGGAUGAAAGGGAAAAGCGAAUUGUUAAUCAAUGUACAGUUUCACAGCAAGUUCUUGGGGUUUUAAUCAAGAGAUGCUAUUUCUGACCUAGUGCUGUACAUUGAUCUAUUUUCAGCAUGAAUGUUUUUCCUUUAAGUUUUGAGAUCUAAAUAGCAUAGAUAAAAAGAGUAUUCCAUAUUUUAUUACAGAGAGAGACCAUAUAUUAACUCUUAAAUAUAUAGUAUUUUAAUAAAUGUUUAAUUAUUAUAAUAGAAAUUAUAUUUCUAUGGCUGGUCAAAGGGAAACAUCAUAUCUGAUGAAGCAGAAAAUAAUAGAGUUGAUUCCUUGUGACUGAAAUAUUUCUGUAUUUAGAGGCCUGGGUCACAGUCAUGUCUGGUGAAAGCCGUUGGAUAUGCAUGAUCUUCAUGGCUAAUUUAGUGUUUUUGUUGCACUUAAACAUUAAAUUAGUUCUAUGAGCAAAAAUAGAUUUGCUCACUUUGCGAGUGCCUUGCCCACUACCUAAAAGUCUAACUCCAAUUUUUGCCUUGUGAAUAAAAGUAUUCUCAGUGGAAGAGAGAUUAUUGCUGUGUUACUUGACUGGGCUGUGAGCCUCUCUGCUGGAAAUGAGGACCAGGGUGAGGAUUUUGUAGUCUUCUUGUCGAUAAAGUUUGGGAUGUCAGCAGUGGCAAAAAUAGAAUUUCAGAGCAAUAUGAAUUGAUUUUAUUUUCUCAGCAUCAUAGGGGAGAUUCAGAGAGAACUUUCUGAGCAUUAUAUUUUAUACAUUUGAACUUUUAAUAGAGUUAGGACUAGCUGGGAGAUGUCUCUAUUCAGAUUUCUCUUCUGACUGUAAAAAUGUCCAAUCAUCUGCUUCUUUGAAUGGACCUGCUGUCGCCUCGAGCAUUUAUUCUAUCCUGCAACAUAACUGAGAUUCUAAGUUGGAAAAACAUUUCAGUGAUAAUAAAAUCCUGAACAAAGCUGUGUUUUGGGUACAAGUGAGGAAGGUUUCAUCAACUGUUUGUCUAAAUCAUGCCAUAGAGAAACAUUACAGAUAGUUAAUUUUCAUGCAAUAUAGCAGGGAUCAAAAAUCACUAAUUAUCAGCACUGCUUCCAUUGUGGCAUUCUGCUGUGCACAGAAAACUUUCUGUGUAAGCCAGCAUUGCUUUGACAGUGGCACUUGUUUAGGUCAGUCAAGAGGCUUUGGUGUUUUUCAACUCUUGCAUUUUCUUAUGCCAGAUGAAAAAGAAUUAAGCCUCAUUUCUUCUUGUAAUCAUCUUGUGUGCAUGUUGGUUACAGAAGGAAUGGGAGGGCUUGCAGGUAGAAGAGAAGGAGGAGAAAAGUUACAGAGCCAAACUUUUGUGCUCUCCUUGUUAUGUGCUAUACAAAACUGGUUACCCAACUGUCUUAGGUAAUAUAUUUUAUAUAUCAAUCUAUAGUGAAUAUUUAUUUUAAAGAAGUUGAUGAACUAAACAGUUAUCAGGUUUCUCAGCAUGCUGGUUCUUAGCAAAGUCUUGCCAGUCAUGCAGCUGCUAUUCUACAGGAGCAAAAACUCUGAGGAUUUGGUCAUGAGUAUACAGGGAGAUUUUGGCAGUAAUGUUUUUGAGUUUAGGGGAAUUGCAUAUGAGAAUUGUGAUUAGACCUGAUGUGUCUCAUAACCUUGUUUCCUGUCUGUCUGUUGUACGUGAAAAUUAGUCUCUGGUGUUUAUAUCUUCUCUUUACUAGGGAAAUUGUUUGCAGUGUGCUCUUUUAUGGCUGUGAUUCUAUCCCUUAUUAAACACAUCUGCGCAGGACUUUCGCACUUGAAGUAAGAUUUGUCCUGCCUCUAUUUUAAAGUUGCCUUUUGUUGGAUCAAGAUGGAUGACCUUCAAGAGCUCACUCAUAGUCUGUCCUGCUCAGACUGCCAGAUCAAAGUCCAUAUUUUUCUGUCUGAGUUUUCCCCACAAAACCCUAGGCUCUGCGAGCUCUUCUGUAGGCCUUCCCCCAGUGAAGGAGGUGUGUGGAUCGAGAGGGUUUGUUCCUCCAAUCCCUGUCACUGAUCCUCUUCUCCUCCCUCCCGCUAUGUCCUUCAUGAAUGCUGUGCCUCUCCACUGAUAAUUUGUCCAUUGGUGCUUUUCCCCUGAGGAAUCCCAAAGGCCACACCAGAGCUGAAGAUGAGCAGCAAGGGGUGGGAGGGACCGGGCUGAGGGCUGCAGCCUCCAGGUCUCCCUGCUUCACUCUCCUCCAAACCUCACCGCUGCUCUAAAGGGCUGGCAUGGGAGCUGGAAGCUUAGGAGCUCUUUAAAAACUAAACUGCCAGCAUUGUUUCUCCUCCUCCUGCAGCCUGCAUUGGUAGCCAGUGUUUUCCCUGGUAAAACUGCUCUGUGGUUUGCCGGGUAAAAAUGGGGGCAGCCAGCUGGGAAUGGUCACAAAUGCUGAGGAGAGUGAGCAGAGCCUCGGUCGCAGUUUGGAGCAUACUGUAGCUGUGAUUCUCUGCUGAAGGGAAGAGCUGGCUGUCAGCAUGGCCCAAGCUGGCAGCUUUAUGGUGGUUUUGGUCUUUUUGUCUGUGAUGGUGCUUGCUACUGUGCCUCAUUUGCUGUUUACAUUAAAUGCUACUGUAGUAACUUGCUAAUUGUUGCCACCCAUGCUUGAAGCAUGUGUACAUGGGGACAGGCUGCCUGUUCUGAUAGGCACUGGAUCUCGAGGCUGAAUGCUCCACUGAGAAGUCAGAGAAGGACAGAACCCUGUAGAAUAGGUCAGGGAAGAAGCUGGAAUGUGGAGGGACCAGUGACAGCCUUUCAUGUGGAAGCAUCAGAGAGAACUGAGAGCAGGAGGGCUUUGCCUGAAGCUGGAGAAAACCUCUUCUGCACCAGGGAAGGGGAAGGAAAAGGUCUUCGUAUAAUUUAAUAACUUACAGUGGAUGAUUUUUUACUGUAGCUUGUCUUUUUGGUUAGCAGCAAACGUACAUCUUUGGGAUCUUUAGUCAGCAAUAUUUUUGGUAAUAAAAUAUAUUAACUGGAGAACUGAGUAAAAAUAACAUUUCAGUUAAUAAAAUAAUUAUGCACUUAAAGCUAAUAAACAUAAUUAGAAAAAAAAAAGAUAAUAAUGAAAAUACAGCCCCUAGGAGCAAGGAAAUACAAAAAAUAAACACAUUUAGAACUGAAAGUUGCCAUAGUGCAAUCAGGUUAAUGCUAACCUGCACUUGUGCCAUCAGAAAGCAGGUCCAGCAGGUGAGACAUCUCCUCAGUCUUAAACAAGACCAAAACAAAGGACUUCAGUACCAAGAGCAGGACUUGGAUAGCAUUCAGGAGUGGCUUAGUUUAAAACCAUGAUCCAGUUCUCUCAGCUGCUGCCUGAAGCACCUGAGCCCACUGUUUGAGCUGAAGGAAAGUUUGCCAAGAGCCCCAGUGCCCCUGAGCCACCCUGAGCACGGCCAUGCAGCACCUCCCCUGCCCUGGGGUCCUGCCCAGGGCUGAGU